UUCAUCUACAUCCUUUUUUCUGCAAUCGUUUGAUUUUCAAUUCCCAAUUCAAAACCCUAACUUUCUUCCAACUUCCAAAUUCUCAAUGGCACCAAAGGGAGAGAAGAAGCCAGCGGAGAAGAAACCCGCUGAGGAGAAGAAGUCCACCGUCGCCGAGAAGGCUCCGGCGGAGAAGAAGCCAAAGGCAGGAAAGAAGCUACCAAAGGAAGGUGGUUCUGCAGCCGGAGACAAGAAGAAGAAGAGAAGUAAGAAGAAUGUAGAAACAUACAAGAUCUACAUCUUCAAAGUUCUGAAGCAGGUUCACCCAGACAUUGGUAUCUCAAGCAAGGCCAUGGGUAUCAUGAACAGUUUCAUCAAUGAUAUCUUCGAGAAGCUUGCUCAAGAAUCAUCCAGACUUGCUCGUUACAACAAGAAGCCAACAAUCACUUCAAGGGAAAUUCAGACUGCAGUCAGGCUUGUUCUUCCUGGUGAAUUGGCCAAGCAUGCUGUCUCCGAGGGAACCAAAGCUGUGACCAAGUUUACUAGUUCUUAGAUUUUCCUUUGUUGGGAUCUUGUUUGAUGUUACUUCAUCGGAUAUUAGGGAUUGUUAGAAGUUUUAAUUAGUAGUUUUAGUUUUUUUGCUUUGAAGCUGUAAUGAAGUAGUGAGAUCUGGUUGAUCCUCUUUGUGUAUGAUAAUGGUGGAAUUAAUGACAUUUAGUUUAAAAAUUGUUUGUAUUGUUCAA